UUGUCUUAACACGUAUUUCCUGGAGGUAUGAAGUCUGAAACUCAAAUAUAUGUCAUUUGCCAGAAAACCACAAAUUAUAUAAGGAACCAACUGUCCAAAAAUAUGACGGAAUAUCUGGACAUUCUGCAAAAAAUGUAGACACUCAGUGAAAGGUUCCACGAUCCGUUUGUAGUGAAACAUGUCAGCCUGGAUUCAGGAAAUCACUUCAGAAGGGACAACCAAUCUGUUGCUUUGAAUGUAUUUUGUGCUCUUUUGGAGAAAUUUCUAAUAGAAGUGAUUCUUCUGAUUGCAUGAAGUGUCCUGAUGAGAAAUGGCCAAAUGGAAAGCAAGACAGAUGCUUUCCAAAAUCUCUUGAAUUUCUCUCCUAUGAUGAUACCCUUGGUUCUGUUUUGGCUGUAACAUGUAUUUUGUGUGCAUUUUUCCCUUUUGUGACCUUCAUUAUUUUUGUUAAGUUUCGUAGAACUCCUCUGGUUAAAGCCAACAACCGUGAGAUUAGUUAUUUAUUUUUGGUUGCUCUCAUACUGUGUUUUCUUUGUUCAUUAAUGUUCAUUGGUCAUCCUGAAACAAGCACCUGUUUACUCCGUCAAGCUUUAUUUGGCAUAAUUUUUACAUUUUGUGUUUCAUGCGUGUUGGCUAAAACCAUCAUGGUAGUUCUAGCUUUUAAUGCCACUAAACCCAAUAACCACCUAAAGAAGUGGUUCAGCCCAAAAGUCUCUUAUGCCAUUAUAAUCAUGACUACUGCUGUUCAGUUCAUCAUAUGUUUGUGUUGGUUAACAGCAUCCCCCCCAUUUCCUGAAAACACUGUUAUACCACGGCUAGAAAAAAUAAUAGUUCACUGUAAUGAGGGCACCAGCAUUGCCUUCUGGUGCAUGUUGGCAUACUUGUCACUGUUGGCUGGCAUCAGUUUUCUGGUUGCUUUUCAUUCUAGAAAACUACCAGAUAGCUUUAAUGAGGCAAAGUUCAUCUCUUUCAGCAUGAUUGUGUUCCUUAGUGUAUGGCUUUCAUUUGUCCCGGCAUAUCUUAGCACGGUGGGAAAGUAUACAGUUGCUGUUGAGAUAUUCGCUAUCCUUUCAUCAAGUGUAGGCCUGUUUGGCUCUAUAUUCGCACCUAAACUUUAUAUUAUUGUUUUAAAGCCAGAGUGGAAUACUAAAAAACAUCUUAUGGGCAAAGAAAGUAAUGACAACAGAGACAAAUAAAUGCUUGUACUUUCAUUCAUUUCAUCAGUAUGUUGGCAAGAAAAAACGGACGUUUUUUUCCUUCAUACCUUGUAAUUAUUUAUGAUAUCUACUGUGUUUCUACAACAAUGUUUAAUGCUUGUAAACCAUUCUUUAAAUAAGUAAAACACACUUUCUGAAUACUGUUUUCGAAAUAAAUGUACUGAAAAUGG